GGAGACCAACGUUAAACAUGUUUGGGUGAGCGCAGGCUGCGCUCUAGGCUUCCAAAAAUGCAAGGUGACACCUUCCUGCAAAGAGGGGUGCGAUGCUUUGACACCCCUCCACCGCGAUGCGAAAACACACCGAUUUGCGAAAACACAUCGGUUUCCUCGCUAUGUAGCGCGCCGGCAAUUGGUCGUCCAGCUUCGGCAGAGCCACAGCGAGAGCCAGGAAUCCAAGGUUUGCAGCGAGCCCAGUUCCAUGAAGAGCAUUGUCGUUUUGAACACUUCACCAAGAAGGGGACACUCGGGAUUCAGUGUCAGUCCUUUGCCUUGAACUCGGUUCCUCUCAAGGUCAGGAUCAGUCAGGACACGUCCGAUUGCAGGUGCGUGGAGUUCCCUCUUGGCAACCCUUCACACUGGCGCAGCGUCAAGAUGGGCGCGGGGAGCUUCACAUCAAGUUGGAACCAAAGGUACAGGAAGGCCAGAUAGCCGCACAGUAUGCAAAUUGGUCCAGUCUGACCAAGUCCAAAGCAAUCGAAGCACUGCACUACCACGAAAGGUUCAGGAUUUGAUGGACUGGGCCAUUUGGUGGGGUGCUGUCCAACAGGGACCUUUACCAAGACACAUGUGCGGUGAUUUUCGUGUGCUGGGGAACCCUGGUUUUCAGGCCGAAUGCAAGACAUGCAAGAGGUAUGAGUUGAAGAUUGUUAAAAGAUGUCAAAGGAUGGUAGCUUUAUAGCCUAUAGCACUUUGUCCACGCACAUGGCAUUCUCGGCAGUCCCGUUGAUUUUGCGGGAUUUGCUCCUUGCUAUUAGCAGCCAUUGGCUUCUUGGAAGAUAUGAACAUAUAUAAAC